GAAAGAUCCGAGUCGCUUGACUCACCAAUGUUCGCAAAACUGUAAAAUAUGAGCGUGGUCAAUGAACGUGUCUCUAACACGUUUACCCAUGCUUUCCCUCCAGUGCUCAUCCUGAACUUUCACCUAGAUCCCCCUAACAGACAUUCUAAACACUAGAAAUCCAUGACGCAUACACAAAAUAGCAGAGGGGUCGCUGUGUACUGUGCAUCAUCACUUGGAAACCGUAAGGCAUUCCAAGAGGCAGCCACAAGUCUCGGUUUUGCUCUCGCUGAAGCAGGACGACCACUCGUGUAUGGCGGCGGCAAUAAGGGCAUCAUGGGCGUCGUCUCUGGUGCAGCCCUAGAGAAAGGAGGUAAAGUCACAGGUGUUGUACCAUACGCUAUGGUCGCCGCAGGAGGAGAGGCAGAGCAGAUGAAAGGAACGUCAGAGUCAAAAGGAGCAACGGUUGCUUUAGAUGAACAUGGGCGCGAAGCGAUCGAACAUAUAGUGGUUGAUUCGAUGCAUGAGCGUAAGAGAGAAAUGGCUCUAAGAUCAUCCGGUUUCAUUGGCCUGCCAGGUGGAUUCGGCACUUUUGAGGAGGUAUUCGAAGUUAUUACUUGGUCCCAGCUGGGUAUCCACAGGAAGCCGGUUAUCCUACUCAACAUUCUCGGUUUCUGGGAUCCAUUCCGCGAACUAGUUCAAAUGGGUGUACGCGAAGGCUUUAUCCAACCUCAAAACGCCCACCUAGUGCGAUAUGUUGACGGACCUGCAGACUUCGCCGAACACGAUACUUUCGAUUGGGGUAAAGCUGCACUAGAAGCUCUCGAUUCAUGGAGUGCGCCGGAGCGACCUCCAGUUUACGAUUGGACGAAGAGAAAGGAAGGGCAGAAAGGUGACACGCUUAGCGCAAGUUGAGGCGUUGAGGGCCUAUAUGUUACAAGACUAUGAUGCUGCAGAACUAGGUAGAAGUCCGAAUCACAUAGAAUUGAAUUUUCCUAUUGCAGAAUGAC